CUAAGAGGUUAGAUGUAUCAUUAUGGAAUCAAGACAGUUUAUUAAUUAUUACAAUUACAAAUGAGAUUUUAAUAAUUAAACUAAUUAGUGAUUUGUACAACUUGGUGAUACUUUUCGGUUAAUAUAUAUCUGUUCAGCAGUGUAAAUCCGGUAACAAUGGUAGUUAUUGAUGAAAAAAUUGAUUCUGUAAAUUGCAAGCCUACAAAUAGUGAAUAUAAUCCGUACGAACACAGGAAAGUGUUAAAGCCUAGCUCUGACAUAAGAGCCACGGCAAAUAUAAUAAAGGCCUCUUUAGGGUCUGGUCUUCUCGCUGGUCCCUUAGCGUUCUCUAACUCGGGAUGGGCAGUCGGAAUUCUUGGAACUAUGGUUGUUGGGCUGAUAUGUGGUCACUGUAUCCAUAUUCUGGUGAAAACUUCGCGUGGUUGUUGUAAGAUAGAUAAGAAACCUCAAUUGAAUUACGCUGAAACUUGUGAGGCUGCUUUCAAACACGGGCCAAAAUGUCUGCGACGUUUCUCAAAGGCGGCAAGUAUUUUUGCCGAAUUUUCAUUACUAUCAACAUAUGUUGGAGUGUGUUGCAUUUACACUGUAUUAAUUUCGGAUUCUAUAAAACAGCUAAUCGACCGAUACAUAUCCACUGUUGACUUGCCAGUUGAAUAUUACUGUCUGAUGAUACUAAUUCCACUCUGCCUUCUUUGUCAAGUCAAAUAUUUAAAAUGGCUGGCACUAUUCUCAAUACUUGCGAACUUUUUCCUGGUUGCAACAUACGUCGUCUGCUUAUAUUAUAUAUUUGGAGAUGAAAUCGUAUUCACGGACAAAAAAAUCGUGGGUGAUCCAGCCAGGUUCCCGGCAUUUAUAUCGACUGUGAUUUUCGCGAUGGAAGGCAUUGGACUCGUAAUGCCGGUUGAAAACGCCAUGAAGAAGCCCCAACACUUUCUUGGAUGUCCCAGUGUCCUGGUCGUGGCAAUGUCUGCUAUUGUGUUCUUCUACAGCACCCUGGGCUUGUUCGGAUAUUUUAGAUAUGGAGACUUAGCCCGCGGAUCGAUCACAUUAAAUCUGCCCAUAGAUGAUUGGCCAGCAGUUUGUGCAAAGAUAUUUAUUGCAUUAUCAAUAUUCUUCACCUACCCAUUGCAAUUCUAUGUCGUCUUCGACAUAUUCAAGCGAUAUACGGAUCCAUAUUUAAAAGAUAACUGCAAGAAUAUUACAGACAUUGGUGGAAGAAUUGUUGGUGUUUGCUUGUGUGUCGCAAUUGGAAUAGCGUUGCCAUUACUGGAGCAAAUAAUAAACCUUGUUGGGGCGUGUUUCUACUCCAUUUUGGGUCUUAUCAUACCUGGAAUUGUAGAGACAGUUUUCCGAUACAAUAACCUUGGAAAAUUUAAAUGGGUGUUGAUAAAAAAUAUAAUCAUCGUCGCCUUUGGCCUAACCAGUUUAAUAUCAGGGUGCACGGUCACAGUGUUAGAUAUAAUUGCAAUUUUAAAUAAGAGAACAGAGUAAUUAUUUUGGUAAUCCUAAUUUAAGGUGCUGUUGUUGUAUUAAUUAUAAUUAUUAUUUAUUAAAUGUUUCAAACAA